CUCUCAAAGACGAUCUAGGCGUGGUAGUGGAAUUUCAAAAAGUCAAAGAAUACGCAGACUUAAUUUACAAACAUGAUGAUUUGACUGAUGUUGUAGAUGAUAAUGAAGCGAAUAAAGCAGUGGAUGAUAAUGAAGCGAAUAAAGCAGUAGAUGAUGAUAUUGAAAGUUCUAUUGCUAAAGAACUCGCACAAAUGAAGCGACCACAUACAUCACGUAGAUUUGCAUCAAUUCAAACGGGAACAGAUUGUGUAGACAGGAUGGAAUUGAUUAAACAGAUUGCAAGUGUUGUUGGUGAUUAUCAUGUUGUCAAUCUUGAUAAACCAGAUUUGACAUUGAAGAAAUAUAAUGUUGAAAGCAUUUUUGAGGAACAAAAUAAAGAGAAAAAUGAAAAUAAUACUCAAGAGCAUAAAGACAUUGAGCAACAAAUCGGUAAAGAAGUGCAGCAGCUUGAUGACUGCAUACAAAAAGACAUACCAAAAGAUAUACGAGGGGAGCUAGAUCAAGAAAAUAAAGUGUAUAAUAUGAAAGUUAAGUUGAAAGAAAAAAAAUGGAAGACUUUUGAAUAUAUCACCGAUAUUACUUCCGAUGAAAAUAAAAAUGAAAUACUGUAUUAUUUAACUUUAAAUUCAGGCUAA